GUCGACACUGAAGCACUCGGGCAAAUCACGACAAACUGACGAGCAUAAACAAGGUUCAGAAGGAAAGUUCUUAAUCCUCAGACGCGUUCCUCAAGGGUGAAACGUUAAGAAACUCUGUUGGUUGGACAAAAAGAGCAGGCGCAUCUGCUGUAACACUAAACCAUGGCUGCUGGAUUCUCAUCAAAAACAACACGCGAUUCUCCUCAUCUGUCAGAGAUCAGAGUUGUGCUGCUGGGAAAUAAUGAAUGUGACAGGAGAAGAGUGGUCAGAUCUGUCCUGGGAGAUCUCACAGGAGACUCUGUAGGUCACUGCACUGUAUAUGAUGGAGAAGAGUCUGGACGGAGGAUCAGGGUUGUGGACGCUCCUGGAUGGGACUCAAACACACCCCAAAGCAAUAUCAGAGAAUCCAUUGAAAGAAGUGCGGCGCUGUGUGCUCCAGGACCACACGCUCUGCUCCUGGUCAUUCCUGUGCGGAGGAGUGAAGAAAUGUCAGCGGGAGAUGUUAAAUCAGGGAUGAAGCUGGUGGAGAUGCUGUCCGAGAGAGCCUGGAGACACACUAUUGUCGUUUUUGCUUGCGAUGAAGGAACGGGAGGCUGUAGUUACUCCCAGAAAGCCAAGAACAUGCUGGAAAAGUGCAAAGGCAGGGGUGUAUAUCUCCAGAGCCACAGCGGGAUCAGUCAGCUGUUCACCCAGAUUGAAGACCUUGUGCAGGAGAACGGGGAAGAUGAUGUGUUUUUACCACAGGCUUACUAUGAGCUGUUCAGGAGAAAGACUGAAGGUUUGAUGCACAGGCGAGGAAAUCUGACAAAAAAGCCUCUUCAUAUGAGCAAAGCAGAAGCAGGUGCACUGGGUGUUGAGCCUUUCUCAGUGAUCGUGAUAGCCGUGUUAGCAGCUCUCCUGGUCAGCUUCAGUUUUGGAGCUGAAUAUGGAGUUUUUGGAGGCUGUGCUGGACUUGUUUUGGGAAGCAUCUUACCAUUUUAAAGAAGAUCAAAAACAUAUGAUCUAAAAUAUAUAUAUAUAUA